UUGCAGCUGAAAUCUGAUCCAAAAAUGGCUUCCUUUGUUUCUCAAACUUUCCUCAUCAUCUUCUCCCUCUUCUCACCUUUCUUCAUUACAAUCAAUGGAGAAUUCUCGAUUCAAUCCAUUGUAACAUCCACAAAACGCAUGGAGAAAAUGACCCAUCUCCAUUUCUAUUUCCAUGACACUAUAAGUGGCAAACACCCAACAGCCAUGCAAAUCAUCAAGCCACAUAACAGGUCAGCAGGUGGUUCAUUUGGUAUCACUUUCAUGGCAGAUGAUCCAUUGACUGAAAAACCCGAGUCGAGUUCGAAACUCGUCGGGAGAGCUCAAGGGAUUUACGCUUUGGCUUCUCAACAUGAUGUCGGAUUGCUUAUGGUCAUGAAUUUCGCUUUCUUUGAAGGAACUUACAAUGGGAGUGCACUUAGCAUCCUUGGAAGGAAUGAAAUUUUUCAUCAUGUUAGGGAAAUGCCGGUUGUCGGAGGUACCGGAAUUUUCCGGUUUGCUCGAGGCUAUGCUUUGGCUAAAACAGUUUGGUCUAACCAGAAAGGAGACGCUAUAGUUGAAUAUAAUGUUUCUGUUGUACACUACUGAAUAAUUUAUGCUAUAGGUGCUUGUGAAAUUGAUGUCUACUUGUGUCACGGACCGAGACUUUAAUCUUACAACUUUAUCUGUCAAGGAAAUGAGACUUAUAUAUGCUUGAACUUUAGUGGAACUUUUCAUAAGAAGACUAUGAGAUUACAGAGAAAGAAAAAACAUGAAAUUGUUUACAGAAACAAGCGCGCGCACACACAAAAAUGGGUAAAAAGCUAAAAAUAUUAAUCAUAAGGCCAAAACCUCCAUGCUGAAAUUGAAUAUAGAGGUCUUUCUUGCCAACAAAUAACCAAACAUCCAUUCUCUUCUUUGAUUUUAUAACCAUCAUAAUUAUUGGUCUGCAACAAUCGACCUGCCUGCAGCAUGCCAUGGUAGCUUAAAGGUACUCUACCGAAACCGGCCAACUCAAGUCUCAGAAUCCAUUUCUCGAGCUUCUCGUGUCUCUCCUUUCUCUCGACACCUUCACAAGCUAUAAUAUUCUUGAUUUCCUCUCCGAAAAGCAUCUUCUCGACCUUUUUUCGUUCUAA